GCGAGACUUCGACUCGUCUCGCGAGAGGUGCGAGCUCGCUAUCAUGGCGGCGGAGGAGCCGGAGGUGGACGUCGAGGGGGAUUUGGCGGCCGCGCCCGAGGAGGCGGCCUCAGAAGGUCAUGAAAACACAGCAUCAAGCUUACUGCAGGAUCACUACCUUGAUUCAUCUUGGAGAACUGAUAACAGUCUUCCGUGGACGUUGGACAGCAGCAUUAGUGAAGAAAACAGGGCUGUCAUUGAGAAAAUGCUGCUGGAGGAAGAAUAUUAUCUAUCAAAUAAAUCGCUUUCGGAGAAAAUAUGGCUCAGCCAAAAGGAAGCAGAAAAAAGAUCUGUGAAAAGCCCACAUAAGAAAACUGGAAAAGCCAUGGUGCGAUCUCCUACAAAACCAGGGAGCUACUCAUUGAAGUGGACAUCAGAAGAAAAAGAGCUAUUUGAACAAGGGCUGGUGAAGUUUGGCCGCCGCUGGACAAAAAUUGCCAAGUUGAUUGGGAGUCGUACUGUUCUACAAGUAAAGAGCUAUGCCAGGCAGUACUUUAAGAACAAGGCAAAAAAUGAUGGUUCUGAAAGAGAAGAGCAAAGUCAGCAUGGUGGCAGCCUUCCCACUGAAGAUGGAGUAAGGGUAGAAGCAUGGUCAGCUGGAAAUUUGAGAGGUCGUGCAGAUCCUAACCUGAAUGCAGUGAGAAUUGAGAAGCUGUCGGACGAUGAAGAAGUAGAUAUAACUGAUGACAUGGAUGAACUGUUUUCUCCUGCUUUCCAGCAAGAUGUUGGAAAAUCUGAUUUAUCUAUAAUCUCAGAAAGUCCAGCUGAAGAAACAAAAGGAAUGGAGCAUCCUUUUCCAAAUGUUGGACAUAGUUCUGCUGUUUCUUUGCUGAAAGAAGACUCUCAGAACACCAAGCAACCCACAGUGGACACAUUACUGUCUCAGGAUGCUGCAGCAACAUGUUCUCAGCACGUGAACGGUGAUAAAUCUGUGAACUUGGAUUACCAGCAGUGCAGUGAUUUUAUAGAAAAAGCUGAACAGGGUAGAACAGGACAAAUAACUGAGCAGGAGCUUCACGAGGAACAGAGAGACCUGGCUGAUAACGGACUGCUUUUUCAUCCCCCCUGCCAAGUGGAUGAAGAUCAUCAAGAAGAAGCAGAGGCUCUUAAGCCACCUGAUCAGGAAGUGGAGAUUGAUAGAAGCAUCAUCCUGGAAGAAGAGAAGCAAGCUAUUCCUGAAUUCUUUGAAGGACGCCAGGCCAAAACACCAGAGCGUUACUUGAAAAUUAGGAAUUAUAUUUUGGAUCAGUGGGAGAGAUGUAAACCCAAAUACCUGAAUAAGACCUCAGUACGUCCGGGCCUUAAGAACUGCGGUGAUGUAAACUGUAUUGGACGUAUCCACACGUACUUGGAAUUAAUAGGAGCAAUUAACUUUGGCUGUGGUAAAAUGUGGAACAUCUUUCCGAAGUGGCAGAUAAUACUUUACAACUGCAUAGCCAUAUUGUCUUUGAAGCUUGCUGAAAAGAUGAACCACUUAAGUCUUCAGAAGUAUCCUUAG